GCCAGCUAGUGUAUGUCUACAUUGAUGGUGCGUUUAUGGAAGCGAAGUAUGGUCAGCAGCGCGCAGGACUGCAUACGGUUAGCGUCGCCGGCCGUGAAUACAGUGUGGAUUUUAUGCAGCUCAAGUUUUCCGGCAAGCAGAUGGACCAAUGGAAGGCUGACCAAAAGUAGUAGAGUGCGCUUGGAUCAGAUAAGGCGGCGGUGAAAUCUCUUUAGUGUUACAUGUAGACUUUGUUCUGAUGCUCGGCUCGCUACUUCUCCCUUGCCCAAUGCCUGAAUCACUUAGUAUGUGCCGAUUCUCCUGUAAUGCGCUUUCUGAUUGUCAAGGGCGAUAUGCCCGUUCAUGCUGUUAUCUGAUAUACCGUUCCACUUGUUGCUCUGAUAUACCGCUGUUUUUGUGCUUUUCUGGCACAGUCGCCUCGGAUUACAGUCCGAUUUCCUUCAAUAACAAUCCCUGACUCGCAUUUGCCGUCUCGUUCGUUGCCGUUAAUGCAUAUUUCCGUAAACACUGCAUAUUAGACUACGAAACCGGCCGGUCUUACACCGCCGUGACCUUUCCUUUUAUUUCGCUCUGCCAAUUAUUCAUGUAACAAAUGGUCCUCAUUGACUGAGAAAAUACCUGUCGGUUAUUACAGUCGUCUUUCUAUUUUUCCUUGUAUUCGGUCCUGUCCUAUGCCGUGUUAACCGGUGACCGUUAUUUCCGGCAUCGCCGUGCCAUUACCUGGCCACCUGGCAUUUCCCUUGCGCAUUGCCUCAGCAUGGACCGGCAACAUACCGGAAACCAAAUACGUGGGAAUUGCUGACCUUUCUGCGCGAAUUCGAUGCGAUCAGUUGGAUAGCCCUAUCAGAGAAACUCAUGAUGUCAAGUACUAUCUUCUUGACUAUAAAAACAUCACCCGACUUUUUCCCGGCUCCGCUUGCCGUAUAAUUCUGAAAAGUACGAUACAAGAAGGGUUUUUCUUCGGCGGGUAUAACAGCCAGAAUUUUGAGGUAGCACUCCCGGUCACCGCUGACCAGUGCCGUGACAUGGUCCGAACAAAAACUUGUAGUGGCAACGCAAUGAUUAAAAGUGGACGUACUUGGGUAUACGACGCAAUACCUGUGGUUGAACGCCGGUGGAACCAAUUCCGCCGUGCCGACGUCGUUACCUGUCUCUUGGAGAACGUCACCCUCGAAACAACGUGUGACGACUGCCCAGUACUUUCCGCUACCGGCGAAAUCUCUUCGUCGAUUCUUGCCGAGUCCAGUAUUCAUCCGCACGUAACUUACGUGUGGACUACUGACAAAAACCAUACGAAGUGUCGCGCUAACACGGUUCUUAACAGCGAGGGACAGUUGUUUCAAUUAAAAUCAGGAGAGAUCCACAUUCGUGACCAUCUACAUCAACUCAGCUUUACGGUUGAGGAAAAAAUGGAACGAACAUGCGAUGAAGGCGCAUCUGUUCAUUACGUCCGCUCCCAUCCGACACUCCGAAUAAAAUUUUACCACGCUUGGUAUCGUCCAAACGUCACUGAAAAAAUCCGCCCUCCAGCUCGCCCACCUGUUGGCAUCCAAAGUCGGUUGAAUGCCAACCUUUCGGCGGAAAUUGCCACCUUGUUGUCGUCCCACCUUCAGUACGUUGAGGAUUUCUUCGCGUUUCAAGAAAUGAAAAUUUUCAAUCACCUGCACAAGUUGCAAUGCCAGGCCGAUAAAACCGAAAUGGAAAAUCUGAUACUACUUAGUCAGUUUUCCCCUGUGGUUGUCGGAACCAAACUCGGUUUCCCGAAAUGCCAGGCUGCUGUAGUUCUAGGUGAUUCAGCUACUAUUUACCAGUGCACGGAGGUUAACGUCACGAUCGGCGUAAAAUACUCCACAUGCGGACCAGAUCCGUACAUCGCAGCCGAAAAUGAUGACCGCGGCUACACUGUUGCUCUCGACGGUGAAACCCUUAAAAGACAUUCAGUUUGCCUCCAUCGGCACUCGGUAGUAAUCGUACACGGAACUCUCUACCGCUACCAAGACGGUGCCUGGACUCCUGUAAAUCCUAUUUUCCAUAAAACGCUUGCGCACUGGCAUUACACUGCAAAAUUCCUGACGGACAACUUGGAAGACACUCUCGGUGACUCCUUGUCAGUGGAUCCUUUCCGGUUUCUCGACUUGACAGCCGAGUUAUCCGGCCUGAUGUUGGAGACCGGUAUUUCAAAUUUGAGUACCAUAAUUACUCCAAAAUAUGUUCAGAGUACGAUGAAGUCCAUGACAUGGCAUAGCCUCUUAAAUAUUUCGUUUACUUCGAUCACCGUUUUUAUUGCUAUUGUGUUUUGCGUUCGGUAUCACCGAACGGUGAUCGCGUUUUUAAGCUGUCUUAUAGAUUGUUGCCGCCCGCGUUCGCGCCGGCAAUACGAUUUUCAGCCUCGACGGCAGGAAACGGCUGCGGUCACCGUUGCCGCUGCGGAAACCCAGGACAGGAACCUUUCUCGGACUGUACACACACGGACGGUGGACAUUCCCAUGACGCCGCGUUACCGUCCUUCGGACAUGGUGCGACAGGAUCCUGUCUACGCCAAUGCGCGUAUGGUCGCCGAGGACUCGGAUGGAUCAACGAUCGGCGCACGGACUCCCUCUCCGGAGCACACGGUUGGAACACGGACGGAACCGACGGUGACCUUUGGAAAUGCGUUGAUGGAACAGCGCCGGAAGUUGGCACCGGUUCGGUACGGAACUCCACCGACCGUGAGCAGCGUAUAACCGCUUAGCAUUAGCCUUAUUUUUCCGCUCAUGUAAAGUCAGCCAGCACAUUAAUUAAAAUUUCGCAAAAAAAAAAAAAUUUUUUAUUGAAAAAAUUUCAAAAACAUUGUAUUUUAUGCUGUUUGUUUUUAUAUUUUGCUUAGAUAAUUCAAAUCAAGUCAGGUUCUCGCUUGUAUUUAGUUCAAUUUCAAAAUGGUCAGGAUUAAUUACUUCAAUUUUCAAUAAACAGGAUCAUUUUAUUUUGUAGAAAAUUUACCAAAAAACAUUGGUCAGGAAAUUUCCUUGGUUACUUGUCAGAUUUUACUUCCAAUUUUUAAAACAAAAGGAAAGGUUCGUGAAGAUAGACCCGGUUCUAUCCCCGGGAACCCAGUUAUAUUAAAUUCACUACCUAAAGCCUUAUGUCAUCGAUUUUUAUCAGCCAUUACAGCCUUGCAAUAAUCAAUGAGUGCUCGUAAUAGGUAGCCUGCAUUAUGGUCAUGGUUAACGCAUUGUAUUUUCUGGGGCAAAAUUUGAAAUUAAUUAAUUAAAAUUUCCUACGAAGAUGCUGGUGCAGCAGUUUGUUUGCUAAAUGUCGAGGUGAGUAUAAUUGCUAAAAAUCAUCUUAAAAAACAACGAAGUCCUUAAUAAAAUAAAAGUGUCUGAUCAGCCAUCCCGUUGCUGUAGCAAUACUUUGGUCAUGGGCGCGUAACAACUCUAGCUUUCGGCGCAUCACUGGUUUACGAGGUGUUGAGCCGUAAGUACGCGACUUGACCGCGAGACAUGCUACUAAUCUACUCAGACCGAUUAAUAACGCACUCGUCUGUACAAGUACCAGUGUACGAAAAAUUCCAACAUGGGGAAACGAAGUGGACGCUAUGCGCGUGUUAUAGACAGGCGAACAAACAGUGUUUGAAACCAGCGAAAUCAGAUCAUGGAAAUGAGCGAAUGAAUUUUUCGUACAGAUUUUGCCUCAGAGAAUAGGAUUUUCUGUUUAAUUUCGUGAAUACGGUGUAGUGUUGUGGUUUUGGUGUAUGGUUGACCGCGGAUCAAAGUUCAAGUUCAAGUGCGACCGAAUGAUAUCAUCAAUAGCAACGCAUUUAUUAUGAAAAUGAGUCAGGGAAUCUAAAUCCAAAAACAUUUAUAAAAUGAAAAUUUGGUUUAACCCAGGUUUUCCCUAAAAGCGUUACGAAAAUAAAAUACAAAAUAUCUCGCUGUACUACCUAUAUUUCUUAUAAUCAUAUCAAGUAUAAAUAUUAUUCGCAUAAUAAUACCUGUUGUUUCUUGAAUGUGUUUUGAAAAUUUCUAAACGCAAAAAUAGCUGCUUUAUUGUAUUGCUGGUUGACUGGCUUUUCUGCUUCUUUUAUAUUAGUUAUGGACUGCGGACAGUCCUUUUUCAUGGAGAGAAGUGUUACAUGUAGACUUUGUUCUGAUGCUCGGCUCGCUACUUCUCCCUUGCCCAAUGCCUGAAUCACUUAGUAUGUGCCGAUUCUCCUGUAAUGCGCUUUCUGAUUGUCAAGGGCGAUAUGCCCGUUCAUGCUGUUAUCUGAUAUACCGUUCCACUUGUUGCUCUGAUAUACCGCUGUUUUUGUGCUUUUCUGGCACAGUCGCCUCGGAUUACAGUCCGAUUUCCUUCAAUAACAAUCCCUGACUCGCAUUUGCCGUCUCGUUCGUUGCCGUUAAUGCAUAUUUCCGUAAACACUGCAUAUUAGACUACGAAACCGGCCGGUCUUACACCGCCGUGACCUUUCCUUUUAUUUCGCUCUGCCAAUUAUUCA